AUGCCUGCAUCAAGACAAAUGUUACGUGUGAUCUCCGUAUCGCUUCCAGUGGUACGGAGCAAUUGCUUUAUGAUCGGCCUCGCAGCCAUUUACAUGCUUCCGGAUAUCGUAUCUUUGAUACUUUAUCCUCUUAUGAUGUUGAGUUGGUAUUUCGUCGCUCAUGAUGCUGCUUGCAGUGUUUUGGGUGGUGAACAUAUCUUCUCCCGACUUUUACCUUUUCCCUUCGCCGCCAUUGCCUACCUUUUCAAGGUGCACCACGCUUUGGGUCUCCUCGGCCUAGGGUUCAUGCUCUUGUUCUGCCGCGUCGCUUCAGACCUCGCGAGCGAGUCGUCUCUCUCUGUCGGGUUAGUGUCAGCAUGGCUGAUCUUCCAGGCUUUCCUUUGGGGCUUUACGCCCUUGGGUUGGUUUGGAUUUUUGGCCGCCAUCUUGGCUGCUGGCACAUACAACCAUGGCAUUGAACUGCUCGCCUACGUGGUCCCAUGCCUCUUAACCUACCUUUGGAUCAAGUGGAUGUUGCCUUCAACCACCGAGAUUCGUCGACCUUCUUUGGGUCUUCGAUCCCUCGUUCCCUGGCUUCAGAAGCUCGAUUGGAGUCUAGGCGUCGGAGAACAGAACCUUUGGCCCGUCUUUGUCCGUUUGCGCCCCGUCCUCAACCUUGGCCUCGCCGCCCUCGACCACGGCCUCGCCCUAUGUGCUACAUUCGACAAGCACUUUGCGCAUAGAAUCGGGGCUUCGACCGUUGCUACAAACCGUCUACGUACAGUGGACACUCUUCUGGUUAUUCUGGAGGAGCAACGCAAGCGAGUCGCAGCCCGCGAAGCCCGCGAAGCCGAGGAAGCGCGGCGUUCGCAGGAGAGCGUCAGGCGCUACUUCGAGGAACGGCGACAAUACCGGCUCCUUGGCAACCUACGUUACGAAAGGUUGUUUCGGAAGCCCCAAGCCGAACCUCCUAAACGCCCGCGACCGACCAGUGACUACGUCGGUCCCUUCGCUCGCGCAUACCUGCCCCGCCCUUCAAACACCGCGGCGAAACUUCGUCCUGCCCCUUUCUUGGGUAGCUUAGUCCCAGCAGCUCCGUCAACCCUCUCUGUUUUCGCGCCAGAGCCUUCGUUCGUCCAGUACCCCGGCGAAUACCAGGCUCUUAGCCACAUUCAGUCCGCCCAACCCGCUGCUGUUGCCUUCGCUGCCCCUGUUGAUGCGCCCCAGCCUCAGUUCGUCCAGCAACCUCACGAACUCCAGGUUGUCCGUUACGAUGCGCAGAUACAGAGUCAGAUGCCUGCUGCCCCCGCUGCCCCCGCUGUUACUGCGCCCGAGUAUCAGUUCCAGCAGCCCGCGCCCAGCUUCGCCAAACCCGAACAUCAACCAACUGUCUUCGUUGACCUUUCUUGCGCCCCCGCCGUUCCGGCCGUGAGCAAGGAAAUCGAGAUGUUCGACUGGGAUAGUGCUCCUGGAUCCCCUAUGGAGUACAAGCAGCCUGACGGACAAGUUCAACAAGUGCCAAUGGACCUCGACGCACAAGCCAUUCCUGCGAUAAUGGAAAUCGAGGAGGAGGAACCCACGCCCGCACCUGCACCCGAGCCAGAGCAAGACAAGACCCCAUGGGACUUGGGUCUCGACGACAAUAUGGAAGGGGACUCUCCCGCUGCACCCGAGCCGACCAACGAUGUGAACGAGCUUGCCGAUGUCAUGCAGAGCAGUCUGAGCCUAUAUAAAGUAGGCAAGGAGGACAUUGAAGACCUUGAGAAGGGCCUUCAAGAUCUGGCUUUUGGUAAAGAGCAGACGGCGGAGCCUGAUCUGGAUUCUGAGGAUCCGGAGAUAGGCGACGCACAGAAGCCAAGUCCUAAGCCGGAGAUUGAAGACCUUGAGAAGGGCCUUCAAGACCUGGCUUUUGAUAAAGAGCAGACGGCGGAGCCUGAUCUGGAUUCUGAGGAUCCGGAGAUAGGCGACGUACAGAAGCCAAGUCCUAAGCCGGAGAUUGAACACCCGACCGAAGGUGGUAAAGGCCUGCCUGUUUCCGGACAAGACUAUGACUUCGCAACUGGCGAGGACGAGGUUCGGCGAGCAAUCGCUGAAGCUCUACUCGGCUCAGACUCGGAGUUGUCAGACCCCCCUCCAUCCAAGCCCCCAAGCCCCGUGCCAGAGCCUAAAGCGCAAGAGGCCCAACCGCCCUCACCCAAGCAAGCACCAGUCGCCCCGGCCCCGUUCAAGUUCCAAUUCGAACCGCAGCCGACCGAAAAGCCAAGCAAGGUGCCGAUAAAGAGAUCGUUGGGAAGGCCGAUUGCGCCGAUAGGCGCCAAAAGACUUCUUGAGGGUCUUCGCCCUCGACUUGCGCCCCCACCCCCGCAGCCAACAGAUGACAAUAGCAACGAUGAUUCUGAUGAUGAGUUGCCUGCCGCGAAAAGGGCCAAGCCGCAAGGGCCAACGGGUGGCGCGACCUUUACCUUCCGAACGCCAGUACCAAUCCCAGCCUCGUUGCGAGACGUGAAACCGCUGCCCCGAUAUGAUCCCAACUCAGUCGUGCCCGCUAAGCCGGCCAGAAAGACGCUCCGGGUUGUGCUGCGAAAGCCGCGACCCACCGCAGAAUCUGUGGCCGGCCCAUCGCGGCUGAAGACCCCCCCACCACAAUCAUUGACCCCGGCACAAGGUUCUCGCUCCGCCAAUCCCUCGCCAGAAUCGUCCCCGGAUCGAAGCUUGUCCAAGGAGAAGGGUCCCGCCCAACCCCGGAAGACAGUCGGCGGCUUAACCAUUGCCAAGCCCCCGCGGAAGAUCAUAUCCGCCAAGGCGCCGUCCAAGAAGCUAGGUCCGAGGUCGGUUGACCCCGACGACGAGUACGAAUCACGGGUGGCCGAACUCAUGGAGCUGAACGACCUCGAUGAGGAGACCGCCCGGGCGCUCGUGGAUUUGAGCUUCGGGGUCUGA